AUGAUGGUCAUUGAAUCUGAUUCUGAUACGGAGAAGGGGAAGGCUCGCCUGGACUUUUGCUCCGGUGCCUCCCCCAGCGCCAGCGGCGACGGCGCCCCCUGGGGCCCCUCCAGCAGCAGUGCCAGCAGCGCCACCGGCUCCGCCUGCUGCAGGGGCGCCCGCGCAGGCAACGAGCCUGGCGUGUCGCAGUGUGAGCAGUGCUUCCUUUCGAAUAUGCUUCCAUCUUGUGAAGCUUUGAAGGAGAAGCCGAAGAAAGAGAAGAAGGACAAGAAAAAGAAAGCAAAGAGCUCGUCGUCAUCGCGGGGGCCUCUUGUGUCGACGGUCAGGAACAGCGACAGCGAUUCGGAUGCGCCGAAGAAGAAGCGAAGGAUCAACAACUUUAGCUCAUUGCGGAAUAUCGAGAAGGAGCGAGCGGAAGUGCGCAAAAACCGCAACGCGGGUGCGGAUGCCGCCAAGGCAAUGCUGAAAGCACUCAGCGACAAUCCGUACUUCGCUCCAUAA